AUGGCACGCCAAUAUACCUCUGCACCGGCGCCCAAGGGACUUCCUUCGGACUUUGAGUGGGGGUUUGCAACCGCUUCCUAUCAGAUUGAAGGAGGCGUGAAAGAUGGCGGGCGAGGCCCUUCCAUUUGGGAUGCCUUUACACACCUCGAUCCAUCGCGUACCAACGGUGCCAACGGCGAUAUCGCUUGCGAUCACUAUCAUCGAUAUGAGGAGGACCUUGACCUCCUUGCCAAAUACGGUGCCAAGGCCUAUCGUUUCUCUCUGUCGUGGUCGCGCAUCAUUCCGCUAGGAGGACGACAUGAUCCCGUGAACGAAGAGGGCAUCAAUUUUUAUAAUAAAAUCAUCGAUGGGCUAAUUGCUCGAGGGAUCACCCCCUGGAUAACUCUCUAUCACUGGGAUCUCCCAUUAGCGUUGCAGGACCGGUACGGAGGUUGGCUCAACGAGGAGUCACAACACGACUUUGAGCAUUAUGCCAAGCUAUGUUAUAUUCGCUUUGGUGAUAGAGUUAAGAAUUGGAUCACGUUCAAUGAGCCAUGGGUCGUUUCUAUCAAAGGGUUCUCUUUGGGCUGCUUUGCCCCCGGACGAAGCAGCACGAACCCAGACUGCGAUGCUGGUGACUCAGCGAGAGAACCUUGGAUCGUCGGCCAUAACCUGAUCCUAGCCCAUGCGAGAGCAGCAAGAUUGUACAACAAGGAGUUCAAAUCGAAGGAAGCUGGCCGCAUCGGUAUCUCUCUCAGUGGCGAUUACUUUGAGCCGUGGGAUGCUACCGACUCCAGGGACCAGGAAGCUGCUGAGAGGCGAAUGGAAUUCUGGUAUGGCUGGUUUGCCAACCCUACUAUGCUUGCACAAGACUACCCUCCUGUUAUGCGUGAGCAGCUUGGAUCCCGUCUCCCCGCCUUUACAGAAGCCGACUUUGCUCUGCUGCGCGAGGCUGACAUCGACUUUUGCGGUAUGAACUAUUAUACUGCUCAGUUCGCCCGCCACCGCACCACCCCGCCGCCAGACACGGACUUCCAAGGCAAUGUAGAUGAGUUGCCAGAGAAUAAGGAAGGCAUCCCUAUCGGCGAGCUAAGCGGCUCUGACUGGCUCCGCUCCUCACCCAAGAGCUUCCGGAAGCAUCUUGUGAGGAUCUACAAGAAGUAUGGGAAGCCCAUUUGCGUCACUGAGAACGGGUGCCCUUGCCCUGGUGAGGACAAGAUGAGUAAGGAAGAAUCUGUUGAGGACGAAUUUCGCCAGCGAUACUUCGGCCAACAUUUAGAUUCAUUGGUCGGGGCCAUACAGGACGGUGCAGAGGUCUCCGGAUACUUUGGAUGGUCUUUGAUGGAUAACCUAGAAUGGUCUGAUGGAUAUGGCAUCAGGUUUGGCGUGACUUUCAUAGACUACGAUACGCUUGAAAGGACGCCGAAGAAGUCGGCAUUGAUGAUAAAGGACAUGAUCAAGGAAAGGACAAUCUAAACAUUAUAGUAGCCAUUUCAAUGACUUCAGAUCCUGUUUGUUUCUGUUAUUGAAGAAAGGCCAACCAUUGUAGAUGUCCAUUCACAGUGCUGCCCUAUUUGUUCCUG